ACAGAGGCAUUCAGCAGGUCAUGGAAUUCUGCAGCGAAUCCUGAGCGAGGGGUAGUGGAACAACCAGCACAGCAUUGAACUGUAGUGGUACCCUUAGGUCCUAACGCAAUGGUGCACCCGAGAAUAUAUUUUCCAAUUCAUGUGGUACUUAUUUGUUUUCUAGAAUGGACCCAUAUAUCAGGCUUCAACCUGGAUACCUUGAAUGUCCUGAGGAAAGACGGAGAACCGGGCAGUUUAUUUGGAUUCUCUCUUGCCAUGCACCGGCAACUUAAUCCUUCAGAUAAGACAAUACUGUUGAUUGGAGCACCAAGAGCCAAAGCACUGGCUAACCAGAGAGCCAACAUAACCGGUGGCCUGUACAGUUGUGACAUCACCACCGAAUCCGAUGACUGUCGCCGAAUCGAUUUUGACAAUGAAGAGGAUGUGAGAGUUGAGAACAAGGAGAACCAGUGGAUGGGGGUGACAGUUAACAGCCAGGGCCCCGGAGGGAAGAUUGUGACCUGUGCUCACCGCUAUCAGAGACGUCUGUUUGUGGACACUGCUCAGGAGUCCCGUGACAUCACAGGUCGCUGCUACAUCCUGAGUCAGGACCUCACUAUUGACGAAUCCUCUGAUGAAGAUGGAGGGAACUGGAGGUUCUGUGAGGGGAGAGCCAGAGGCCAUGAGAGGUUUGGCUCCUGUCAGCAGGGUCUGGCUGCCACUUUCACCAAGGACUACCAUUACGUGGUGUUUGGAGCGCCCGGCGCCUACAACUGGAAAGGCAUUGUACGUGUAGAGCAAAAGAACAACACUUUGUUGGAAAGGGGAUUUUAUGAUGACGGACCUUAUGAAGUUGGAGAUGAGAACCGCUUGGAUCCUGACCUGGUGCCUGUGCCUGCUAACAGCUACUUAGGGUUUUCCAUUGAUUCUGGGCAUAGCAUCACCAAGGGGCGUGGCCUGACCAUUGUGUCUGGGGCACCGCGAGCCAAUCACUGUGGGGCUGUGGUCCUGUUGAGAAAGGAGAAUGAAGCGUCCGCAAGACUCUCCCCAGAGUACAUUCUAGAAGGGCCUGGACUGGCAUCUUCUUUUGGAUAUGAUGUAGCUGUGGUCGACCUAAAUGGAGAUGGGUGGCAGGAUAUUGUUGUGGGAGCCCCUCAGUUCUUCAUGAAAGAGGGAGACUUUGGAGGAGCUGUUUAUGUCUACAUCAACCAGGCAGGAAAGUGGGACAAGAUCACCCCAAUCCGCCUCAAUGGAACCAAAGACUCAAUGUUUGGGCUGGCAGUGGAGAACAUCGGUGACAUCAAUCAGGACUCCUAUCAAGACAUUGCUGUUGGAGCGCCCUACGCUGAUGCCGGGGCAGGAAAAGUGUACAUUUACCACGGUUCUGCUAUUGGAAUCAACACCAAGCCAGCACAGAUCCUUGAGGGAAUGCCCAACAACAUCAGAUUAUUUGGAUAUUCUCUGGCUGGGAAUAUGGAUUUAGAUAAGAAUUCCUAUCCUGAUAUAGCUGUUGGGUCUCUCUCAGAUACAGUUCUCGUUUACAGGGCAAGGCCAAUUAUUAGCAUUCAGAAGGAUGUCAAAAUUACUCCAAAGGAAAUUGACCUGACAAAGAGAACCUGUGGCAACAGUAUCUGCUUGACCGUGGAGGCCUGUUUCACCUAUAAAGCAAACCCUGUAUCCUACAGCCCAAAACUAACUAUCCGCUACGCAUUUGAGGGUGAGGCAGAUCGCAGGAAGCAAGGGCUUCCCUCCAGGAUCCUCUUCCUCAACAAGUCUCGCACCGACCAGGACUUCCAAUCGACCGGAACUCUGGACCUCCGGGGACAAAACAAAAGAGCUUGCACCAAGACAAAAAUCAAACUGCAGGAUAACAUCAGGGACAAGCUGCGUGGUAUUCCCAUUGAGGUGUCGUUGGGAAUCCAGGGUACCAAGCGGCAGAAGAGGCAGAACGCUCUCCCCCAGCUUGUGCCUAUUCUUGACAACUCCCAGCCAAGCAAGGUCGUCACUGAGGUGAACUUCUUAAAGGAGGGAUGCGGAAACGAUAAUAUUUGCCAGAGUAGCUUACAACUGGAGUACAGAUUCUGCUCCAAAGAGCUCAACCAAGAUAUAUUUCCUCCAUUACCUAUGGAGAAUGGGCUACCAGUGAUCUCCCUCAGCGAUCAGAAGGACAUAGCUCUGGAGGUGACAGUGAAGAACAGAAAUGGGGAUGAUGCCCAUGAGGCUAAACUGGUGGGGAUGUUCCCCAACGCUCUCUCAUACUCCGGUUUCCGCUCUCAGAAAAUGACAAGGGAUAAACCGGUUCUCUGUUUAGCCAACCAGAAUGGCUCCCAAACAGAGUGUGAACUGGGGAAUCCAUUCAAAAGAGAUUCAGAGGUAGGCUAUGCACUUGUUUUCAUUACAGUAUUUUUUAUAAUUCUGUCAUUGUGUGGCUCACUUGUGGUGAAUGUUAUGAAAUAUUUGGAUGCAAUGUGUUUCCAGGUUACUUUCUACAUAAUCUUGAGCACUGCUGGUAUCUCUCUCGAUACGGCAGAAAUUAAUAUUGACCUUGAGCUUCAAACGACCAGUACACAGGACAAAAUGGGAAGAGUGAAAGCAAAGGCGAAAGUCGUGAUUGAGCUGUUACUUUCUGUUGCAGGAGUUGCGAGACCCUCCCAGGUGUAUUUUGGGGGGGAUGUGAAAGGAGAGAGUGCCAUCAAGACAGAAGAGGAGAUCGGCGGUUUGAUUGAUUAUGAAUUUAAGAUAAUCAAUUUGGGUAAGCCAUUGAAGUCCUUUGGCACAGCCUCGUUGAACAUCCAGUGGCCCAAAGAGAAUGUGGAUGGGAAAUGGCUGUUAUAUCUGGUUAAGAUCAGCAGUACUGGCCUGGAAGAGAUCCCCUGCUCCCCGGAGACUGAGAUCAACUCUCUCAAACACAUUCAGGAUUCCAGCAUAUCUAGGAAAAAGCGCGAAGUUGGAGGCAAAAAAUCUGGAAGCAAAAUUACUUUAUUGGACCAAAAAAAGCACAAGAUUUUGAUGUGUGGCAAUGGCUAUGACGCUAGAUGUGUGGCGAUCAAGUGCCCUCUACAGGGCUUGGACAGUAGUGCAGUGAUUGCGCUGCGAUGCCGUUUGUGGAACGCUACCUUCCUUGAGAAUUAUGCCAAUUUGAACUAUCUUGAUAUAAUUGUGAAAGCAUCCAUCAGCCUUGACGCUCCUGCAAAAAAUAUGGUUCUCAGGAAUGCUGAGACUCAGGUGAGAGUCACGGUGUUUCCAGAGAAGGCAGUAACCCAGUAUGGUGGAGUUCCAUGGUGGAUCAUCCUAGUGGCUGUCCUGGCUGGUAUUCUGAUGUUGGCAUUGCUAGUGUUUCUACUCUGGAAGUGUGGAUUUUUCAAACGUUCCGAACAUGAUGACAGCGUUCCAAUAUACCAUGCUGUACGGAUAAGGAAAGAGGCUCGUCAGUUCAAAGACAGGAAAGCCAAGCUGCAUUCCUUUGUGAAAAAGCAGUGGGUGACACGCUGGAAUGAGAAUGAGAACUACUCAUAAGACACUUGACUGUUGGGAUGCUGUCAGAGACAAGAAUCUCCCAUUUCUUUUCUAAAUAUCUCCCAUUUUUUUCUAAACAUCCCAGUGUCACGAACCCAUUGAUCUUAGUUAUUUAUUUUGUACAGUCUAAACUCAAUUGACUGCAUUUGUGAAGCAAACUCCAAAAUAAACGGUGUCCUAUCCUGAGGAAAUGAGAAGCAUCAUAUCUUACAAUUCAUUUUCUCUGAAUUGGGACUUUUUAAACUAAUUAUCUGCCAUUGAUACAUUUUUUAAAUUUUUUUUUAGCAUAAACAGUUUCAAUCCAAUGUUUACCUGAAGAUAAUCUUUUUUUUUGCAGUCACUUUUGUCCAAUCUAAUGUACUGUAUAGACUGGAACAUUUUGUAUGUUUGUAUAUAUUUAAAUACUUUAGCACACUGUAUAUUUAUUUUAGUCAUUAUUUAAAAAUAAAAAAAAUGCAUUGGCCAAAUACUUUUUUUUUUUUUUUUUAAAUCUAAAAGUUACUUUUCAGUAAGGGCAAAUGUUACUGAUGAUUUUCUAGUGCUACACAGACUAAAAAGUAGCUACAGGUAUUAGGCAAACAAUAUUGUCAUUGGGACUCAUUUCUUUGCACUUGCUUUGAUUAUAAAAAAGGUCAUUCAAUACAGCUGUUAGAUAUAAAUCAGUUAAGAGUUUUGAGUUAGAACUAUGAUUAACACCAUACCUUAGUUUACCCCCCUGUACUGGGAUAUGCAUCAGUUAAUAGCAAUGCAGCUGGGACAACUGGAACCAACAAGUAAUAAAAUGCUAAUUAUUGUUUAGCUAAUUGUAUUUGAAGGAUGUGUGGGUAUUGAAGAUGACACAAAAUACGCACCAAAAUGCAGAUUUGAGAAACAUUGUGAUCUUGUUGAUGAAUAACCUGCAUCGUUGUUCACUUGUGGUUAUGGCCAGGUCCAGGUGAUGGAGUUUGGACACUCCAAAUUGGUUGUUCACACAUAGGUUCACUGUGAUAAGAGGUGCGACUAAAUUAUCAUUGUUCACAUUUAAAUCUAAAUGUAUGUUUUAUGUGAUUGCCUCUGUAUCAGAUUUCAUUAUAUAGAAUCUAUUCAAAGGGAUAUUGCUAUGGAAUGGUGAUCAGUGAGAAAAAUUUAGUAGCCCUACAUAAAAAAAGGGGGGGGAUUUAUGUAAAUCACUGGCUAUUCAUUCCUCAAUUCAGAUGUUUUGAAUACUGUGCAAAUUGCAAUAAAUAGAGAUGU